CAGCACCAGUCCAGCGCAUCUGCGCAGAAUCUGAGUUCUUUACUGUGAGCGGCAACUUCACGCGGAGCCCAGCGCGCGCCCCGCAUCAUCAUCAUCAGCAGCGGCAGCGGCAGCGGUAACAGUAACAGCAGCAGUAACAGUGUAACAGUAAGAGUGUGAUGAAGCAGCGGAGGACUGAGACCCUCCUGCUCUGAGACACUGGACCAGCCCGCACACAGGAUGACUGAGGUGAUGAACUCUCUGGAGCCCGGGGCGGAGGACUUCAGCGGGGGAGGAGCAGCGGGGGACGAGGGCGCACUCUUCUCAGACACUCACGAGAGGUAUCCAAAGUUGUCCAAGAGGCUUCCGUCCAUUGUGGUGGAGCCGACGGACGGAGCCGAGGUGGAAAGUGGCGAACUCCGCUGGCCGCCUGAUGAGCCGAGCUCUCCGGACGCUCACACUGCGCGACAGAGUCCAGAGGAACAAACUGCAGAUGAGGAACAGCCAAGUGUCGGUGAGCACGAGGAGGCUUCAGGAGCGGAGAUGCAAGACUGAGAACCACCUCCUCCUCCUCGUCCUGUUAAAUCCACCUUUACUGUGAGUGUGUCCAGACUUGGAUGAGUUCAAUAAAAAAAAAGAAAAAGACGUGUUCACUUUGAGUGUAUUGAAAGAUCGUGAAGGCGUAGAAAAACAGAUUCCCCAUCCUCAGCUCAGGGGCUUGGAGCCAGAGUCAAGCACUGAAGACACCUUUAGUGUCAAUUCACACGGUCUUCAUUCACUAAACAUCCGUUGCACAAGAGGUUAAAUCCACAAAUACAAUAAUUGAUGUCAGCAGACGUGGUUUCACGUCCGAGUUUCUUAACCAAACUUACAUUUUUAAUUUGAUGGGUCAAAAACGGUCUCUCUGGCUCCGAGCCCUUGUCGUUCCACUUAGGAUCUGGACAGACGUCUCUAAAUGCUGUCUUAAGUAUUUAGCUCAUGUGUGCCAUACUUCUACUUCUACUGAUGGUAGCAACUGUAUUUUGUGCACAAGUUUUUAGAUUUGACUGUUUGUUAAGUGCUCACUGCUGUAGUUUGGUGACCUGGUCUCACUU